AUGGACGCCCUCAAGAACUUGAUCACCAACGUGCCGGACUGGCUCAAGAAGCUGGACGAGCUGAACGGCCAGAUCGAACAGCGCCAAAUUGAAUUGGCGAAGCUGACCGGAGAGAAUAAAGCGAGGUCUCCCGGGACAGCAUCAUGCCGCACAAAAUCAGUGCGGAACAAGGGGUCGACCGAAUCUCUCAGGCCACGCGACGAGCCCGAAGCCCAUCCUCGCGACCCGGUAGCACCGUCCGAUGCCAACAAUGCCACUGAGGCGGCAGCCGCGGCCGCGGCCGGCGCCGCAGCAGCGAAGGCCAGCACCGAGCAGCCGUCACCGCCCAGUCCUUCCGAGUCGCAAUCACCAUCAGCCCUGCAACGCCAGGCGAGCCAGAUGCGCGCAGCCGGCCAGGCACGGGCACGCGCGACACUCCGCAAGCGACAGCGCACAGACUCGGUCAUCAGCGCGGAGGGUGCGGCGCCGAAAUACCGUACCCGGAGCAUGAUCAUCGUCUACUACGACAGCUACGUACAAAUGUUUUUCGAGGAGCUCGUCAAGUUUGUGAGCGCCGGCCGCAAUAUGAUGCGCAAGGCCAAGAUGGCGGCCAAAGUAGCCCAGAUCAAACGCCUCGCCGAGCUCGAGAGCCCCGACGACGACGACGCGCCUAUCGAGGUCGGAACGUCGCUUGAGAACACCCCCAUCGCCGUCGCACCGUCCGCCGCCGCGAAACCCGGUCAAACAACAACAGAAGACGAAGAACCCCCCCUCCUCUACGUCAGCACCCGCCGCAUGGGCGCGGGGCCCGGCGCAACCCGCAACAUGUACUCGCGCGCCGGCGGGCGGAUGAUGAGCCGCGGGGGCGGACCGGGCAACAUACUCGGGGCGGACGGCAAGCCGGCGCCGCCGGACGUCUACGACGAGCUGGACAAGGGCCUCGAGUACGUGCAGAGCAUGUGCGAGCACGGCGCGCACCAGUUCUUGCGCGACGGCGACUGCGGCGAGGAGGUCGCCAACAUCAAGCGCCGCCUGGCUGAGACCAAGGACCUCGCCGACAAGGAGAUGGCCCGCGUCGAGCGCGAGGACCCCGGCGCUCUGCUCAAGCUGGCCGAGGAUGAUGGCAUGAAGGGCCGGAGCUAUCGCCCCCAGAGCAUGCGCAGGGAUGUCAAUAAGCCGGGUAGCGCCGGCGGCCCCCCGCCUGCUGUUUCGGCCCUGGCUGCCGCGUCUGGCCCGUUGGAGGUGGACGAGGGGGUUCCAAGAUAUUGGAUGUGGAAGACAUUUCCGAAGCUGGUGUGGAAGAGUUACGAGGAACAUGCGGUGAGGGUGGGAAAGAAGUCGGGAAGCGGAGAGUUUUUUCGCGGACAUCAAAUGGUUGAGCUCACCAUCGCUGAUUCACACGAUGAACAUACAAUGCCUUGCCCGCUGAGUCAAACCCCGAGCCAAGACAGGGAGUGA